AUGGCCGAGCCCUCCAGGGUGAUCCACAUCCGGAACGUCGGGCAUGAGAUCUCCGAGACUGACCUGCUCCAGGUGGUGCAGCCGUUUGGCGCGGUCGCCAAGCUCGUCAUGCUGCGCACCAAGAACCAGGCCCUUGUCCAGAUGGAGGACCUGUCUGCUUCAAUCAGCGCCAUCCAAUACUACACUACAAUUCAACCUAGCGUGAGGGGAAGAAACGUAUACUUGCAGUACUCAUCUCACCAGGAACUGACUACUGAUCAGAGCUCUCAUGGACGGAAUCCUGAUCAGGAUGAACCCAACCGAAUUCUCUUAGUUACCGUUCAUCAUAUGCUCUAUCCUAUGACCGUCGAAGUGCUUCAUCAAGUGUUUUCCCCUUAUGGAUUUGUGGAGAAGAUUGUCACAUUUCAAAAGACUGCUGGUUUUCAAGCCCUUAUACAGUUUCAGUCACGCCAGAGUGCAAUACAAGCAGCUGGUGCUUUGCAUGGACGGAACAUUUAUGAUGGUUGCUGCCAGCUAGAUAUUCAGUACUCAAAUCUCAGCGAGUUGCAAGUUCACUACAACAAUGAUAGAUCUAGAGAUUUCACAAAUCCUUCUUUGCCCACAGAGCAACGUCCAAGAUCCUCUCAGCUUGGUUAUAAUGAUCCUAGCCUUUUUGGUUUCCAACAGCCUGGAGCUGCAUAUGGACAGAUGGGGCAGGCUGCAGUGAUUGCUGCUGCAUUUGGCGGAACAUUGCCUCCUGGAGUGACUGGUACCAAUGAUCGCUGUACACUUAUAGUUAGCAACUUGAACAGUGAUAAAAUCGAUGCGGAUAAGCUCUUCAAUCUAUUUUCUAUUUAUGGAAAUAUAGUGAGAAUCAAGGUACUCCGCAACAAACCAGACCAUGCCCUUGUCCAGAUGGCUGAUGGGCUUCAGGCUGAGCUUGCUAUACACUAUUUAAAGGGAGCAAUGUUACUUGGACAGAAACUGGAAGUGAACUUCUCUAAGUACCCGAGUAUUACCCCCGCUCCUGAUGCACAUGACUACUCAACCUCCAAUCUUAACCGGUUCAACAGUAAUGUGGCGAAGAACUACCGCCAUUGCUGUGCUCCGACCAAGAUCAUCCACAUCUCAGCGCUUUCACCAGAGAUUUCUGAGGACGCAAUCCUUGAACACCUAGGUGAGCAUGGCACCAUCAUCAAGUCAAAGCUGUUUGAGGCGAGCGGCAAGACGCAGGCUCUUGUGCAGUUUGAGAGCGAGGAAGAGGCGACCGAAGCGCUGGUCUGUAAGCAUGCGAGCAAGCUCGAGGGAUCCACCAUUAGGAUUUCUUUCUCCCAGAUGCAUAACAUAUAG